AUGCUCUCCCGAACGACCGCCUGCCGGGGCGCGCAGCGUGCAGCCCGCCAGCAGGCCGUCCGCCCGGCCCAGCGCCGUGGACUCGCUGCUCCAGCUUCAGGCUCCUUCCAGUACCAGGCCGGCGAGGCCAAGGGCGUCAAGUAUGCCAGCAGAGACUUUGCUGGCCCUACGACGACGCUCGCCCUCGUAUCCAAGGCCGGUACCCGCUUCCAGCCAUUGCCUGGUCUGACCGAGGGCCUAGCCAACUUCGCUUUCCGGGGCACCGAGAGGCGCUCAACACUGCGCAUUGUUCGCGAAUCCGAGCUUCUAGGCGCCUCCUUGAACGCCCACCACUCGCGCGAGAACCUGGUCCUUGAGGCAAAGUUCCUCCGCGAUGACCUGCCAUACUUUGUCGAGCUCCUCGGCGAGGUCGCCAGCUCCACCAAGUACCUGCCCCACGUCUACAACGAGGAGGUCCUUCCCUUGAUCCACUUCGCUCACAAGCGCUUCCUCGCCAGCGUCACAGAUAUGGCUACCCAAUCUGCCCACGGCCUCGCUUUCCACCGCGGCCUCGGCACCCCAACUGCCUCCGCUUCGCCUACCCCGUACACCAAGUACCUCGACGCCGAGACCAUCGAGUACUACUCCAAGAUUGCCUAUGCCAAGCCCAACUUCGCCAUUGUCGCUAACGGUGCUGACCACGGCGAGUUCUCCAAGUGGGUUGGCGAGUUCUUCGACAACGUCCCCAGCUCUGCUGCCCAGGAAUCAAACAUUGGUGCUCAACAGACCAAGUACUACGGUGGUGAGGAGCGUAUUGCCCACGACGGCGGCAACGCCAUGGUCAUUGCCUUCCCUGGUUCCAGCUCCAUCACCGGCAAGUUCUACAAGCCCGAAAUCGCUGUUCUCAGCUCUCUGCUCGGUGGUCAAUCAGCCAUCAAGUGGUCGGCAGGUUUCACCAAGCUCGGCCAGGCCGCCGCACCAGGUGCCAAGGUCACGACCACCAGCGCCAUCUACUCCGACGCCGGUCUCCUCUACACCACCAUCACCGGUUCCGCCAAGGCUGUCGCACAAACUGCCCAGGCUUCUGUUGAUGCUAUCAAGAAGAUUGCCGCCGGUGAGAUUUCAAGCGAGGAAGUCUCCAAGGCAAAGGCCGCCGCCAAGUUUAAGGAGCUCGAGAACGGCCAGGACAUCCGCGCUGGUCUUGAGCUUACUGGCAACGGUCUGAUCCACAACACUCAACCGUACCAAAUUGACGAGGUUGCCAAGAAGAUUGAUGGUGUCUCAGAAGAGACUCUCAAGAAGGCCGCCAAGGAACUACUCGAGUCGACCGCUUCAGUAUCAGCUGUUGGUGACCUUUUCCAACUACCAUAUGCUGAGGACCUUGGUCUCAAGGCGUAA